UCCACCGUCCUCCCGCCACUAGACGCUCCCGUGGUUGGUCGUCACCGGCGCGUGCUCGGACUCACCGCCGCUGCAAGAAGAAGCGAGCGACACCACCCAGUCUAGUGUCUCCUCCGUCCGUCCUCCUCCCACCACCCACCAGGACGGUGACAAUGUCACGCCUUCAGGUCCGCUCUUUCUCCAACUCUGUUUCUUCACACGCCAACGAGCUGCUGGACAAACUCCAAGGCCAUCUGCACUCCAGGACGCUCAGGCCAGACCUCGUGCACCAACUGUUCGACGAAAUGCUGCGCCAACCAGUCCCAGUAUCAGUACGUGCACUCAACGGCUUAUUUGCUGCCCUUGCGCGUGCGCCGUCCUCCACCAUCUGCACCGAUGCCCCUGCCCUCGCCAUUGAUCUCUUCAACCGCAUGGCCCGAGCAGGCCGUCGCCAGGUGCCAGCACCCACCAUUCACACCUACAGCAUACUAAUUGAGUGUUGCCAGCGAGCAUGCCGCCCAGACCUAGGGCUUGCCUUCUUCGGCCGCCUACUCAAGACAGGCAUCAAGACGAAUGCCAUUACCUACAGCAGCUUACUCAAGUGCCUCUGUGACAUGAAGCGCACGGAGGAGGCUUUGGGCGUGCUGCUCCACAGGAUGCCCGACGACCUGCCUAAUGCCAUCUCCUACUCAGUAAUUCUCAAGAGUUUCUGCGACAGUGGUAGGAGCCAGCUUGUGCUUGACUUGCUCCGGAUGAUGGCCGAAAAAGGAUCUGACCACUCUCCCAGCGUGGUGUCAUACAGCUUGGUAAUCGAUGGCUUCUUUAAGGAGGGUGAAAUAAGCAAAGCAUGCAAUCUGCUCCAUGAAAUGAUGCAGCAGGGGGUUGUGCCCGAUGUGGUGACGUAUAACUCCUUUAUCGAUGCGCUAUGCAAAGCAAGAGCAAUGGAAAAGGCAGAGGUAGUUCUUCGAUCAAUGGUUCAUAAUGGUGUCCAACCAAAUGCUGUCACAUAUAGUAGCUUGAUCCAAGGAUAUUCAACUUUGGGCCAGUUGAAAGAAGUCGCUAGGCUGUUGAAAGCAAUGAGAAGCCAAGGCAGUAUGCCAGACGUUGUUAUUUGCAGCUCAGUCAUGGACUACCUUUGCAAGCAUGGAAGAAUCAAAGAUGCCGAGGAAAUAUUUUACUCCAUGGCCGUGAAUGGCCGAAAACCAGAUAUAGUCUCAUACACUAUUAUGCUCCACGGGUACGCUAUAGAAGGAUCCCUUGUUAAAAUGAUUGAUCUCUGUGAGCUGAUGGCAAGAGAUGGAGUUGUACCCGACCUCCGUUGUUUCAACAUACUGAUUAAUGCAUAUGCUAAGUAUGGCAUGAUGGAUGUGGCCAUGCUUUUCCUUGAAGACAUGUUGAAGCAGGGUGUGAAGCCUAAUGAAUUCACUUAUUUAACUGUGAUAUCUGCAUUUUGCAAGAUGGGCAGGAUGGAUGAUGCGAUGGAAAAAUUCAGUGAGAUGAUUGAUAUGGGAGUACCAGUUGACACCGAAGUUUACCUGUGCAUGGUUGAGGGUUAUUUUAAUCAUGGUGAUUCCAUGAAAGCCGAGAAAUUUAUUACCAAAAUGAAGAACAGGGAUAUUCAUCAUAAGCUGCGGAAAGGGAUCUUUGGUGUGCCUCUCUGCCUCGUCCCUUCCGAGCAAACAAAAGAGCUACUCCAUCAUCUGCUUACAGGGGUCUCUGAGCAAUGAGUUGCUUGCAAGACUAUUUAGCACCGUGCAA